CUUGAUUGUCUUCUUAACAUGGGACUCAGCUGCCCUCCAGCAAACACACAGAGCUCUUUGGCUGUUAUGAAAACUGCUACUUUACAGGGAGAUGGCAGCCCGGUGGGCCGUGCUGGGGCUGUUGGCUGCCUGCCUGGCCAGUGCUGCGAAGGAAUCGGUGCUGAACGUGUGCAUGGAUGCCAAGCACCACAAAACCCAGCCAGGCCCAGAGGGGGCGCUGCAUGGCCAGUGUGCCCCGUGGAAAGACAAUGCCUGCUGCACGGCCGAGACCAGCACGGGGGCUCACCAGGCCCAGUCCUACCUGUACAGCUUCAACUGGGCCCACUGCGGGGUGAUGCCAGACAAGUGCAAGCGGCACUUCAUCCAGGACACGUGUCUGUACGAGUGCUCGCCCAACCUGGGGCCCUGGAUCCACCAGGCGGAUACCAGCUGGCGCCGGGAGAGGAUCCUCAACGUCCCGCUGUGUAAGGAGGACUGCGAGCAGUGGUGGGAGGACUGCAAGGACGCCGUCACCUGCAAAGAGAACUGGCACAAGGGCUGGAACUGGACUUCGGGGACCAACCGGUGCCCCCGCAGCUCCACAUGCCAGCCAUUCAAGUACGUCUUCCCCCGGCCAGCAGACCUGUGUGAGAAGAUCUGGUCCAACUCGUACAAAUACACCCUGGAGCACCGGGGCAGCGGGCGCUGCAUCCAGAUGUGGUUCAACCCUGCCCAGGGGAAUCCCAACGUGGCCGUGGCCAAGUACUAUGCCCAGAACAGGGGAGAUGCCUCUCCUGCACCAUGGGCUGUCCUGCUGCUCCUGCCUCCUGCUCUCCUGUCCCUGCUCUGAGCAGCCAGGAGCCUCUGGCAGCCCCACUGGCUUAUACAGGAAACAUUUUUGCUCAGGGGCACGGGGUGUUUGCCCUGCUUUGGGCUCUGGCCAGCAGAGUCAGGAUGCGGUCUGGUUACUGCUAACUGCAGGUGGAAACUGUCUGAAACUGAGACCUUCCCAGCUUAUGUAUAAGAUUUGGGC